UCUUGUUUCUAAGCUUAUUUUGUAAAAUCCUAAUCAUAAUUCAGGUGUGCCAACAGCUUCAAUUUGCCACAAUUGCAGAUAACCGUUAGAUUUGACGCCAACAAACCCGAAAGCGCGGGAAAAGCAAUCGGUCGUGAGUUGUAGCGGUUAUACUAACAUAGUGGCCAGAGUUAAUUUUCUUUACCUAUGAAGAAUGUCUUUAAUCAAAUCAGAUUCUCGUCCUUUUACGGUCAUAGUCGAGGGAAACAUAGGAAGUGGGAAGACCACGUUUUUAAACUAUUUCAAACAGUACCACGAUAUUUGCGUGCUAUCAGAACCCAUUGAAAUGUGGAGGAAUUGUAACAUCCACAACCUCCUGGGUCUUUUAUAUACGGACAUAAAAAAGUGGAGCUUCACAUUCCAGUCUUAUGUGCAGCUCACCAUGCUCCAACAACACGUGAGAAAAACGGAAUGCCCAGUGAAGCUAAUGGAAAGAUCAAUAUAUAGUGCACGAUAUUGCUUUGUGGAGAAGAUGAAGGAGGAUAAUCUGUUGCCACUGCCAUCAGCUGCAGUUAUCGACCAACAUUUUACAUGGAUUAAACAAAAUGCCAAUAUUGGAGUGGAUUUAAUAAUUUAUCUUAGAACAACUCCAGAAGUGGUUUAUGAACGUAUGCUGCAGAGAAACAGAGCAGAAGAGAAAUCAGUUUCAUUGGAAUAUUUAAAGGCACUACAUCAGAUUCAUGAAGAAUGGUUGUUUCACAAAACCCUAUUUGAAUUGCCUGCCAAUGUGAUCAUAUUAAACGCGAACUUGGACAAAUCUAUUAUUACAGAUGAAUACAUCAAAUGUGUCCCUCAAGUAUUGAAUAGAACAAUGCAAGUACAAGCCUGACAAAUUUACAU